CCCAGAUUUGAUGGCAGACCGCGACAGUUUGGUGGCGGCUGUGGCGCGCCAAGGCGCCACGGUGCGUGAGCUCAAGAAGAAUGGCGGGGCCGCCGCGGACAUCACAGCCGCAGUGGUCGCUUUGAACGCGUUGAAGGCGCAGCUGAAUGCGUUGGCGGAACCCGUGGGCGUGGUGCUCAACAAGAAGGCCUUGGAUGACUUGCUCCUUCGCAAGAUGUUUGUCGUGCCAUCGUUUGAGAUCUAUGGCGGCGUGGGUGGGUUUUACGACUUUGGUCCCCCCGGUGCCGCGGUAAAGACCAACUUGCUCAACUUGUGGCGCCGCCACUUCCUCCUCGAAGACGACGUGCUCGAAAUCGAAUGCACCAACAUCAUGCCGGAAGUUGUGCUCAAGACGUCAGGCCACGUCGAGCGCUUCACCGACUUGAUGGUCAAGUGCGUCAAGUCGGGGGAAUGCUACCGCGCCGACAAGCUCGUGGAAGACUUCAUCGAGAACCUCUUGGCGAAAGGCGCGUCGUCGCUCACGUCGGACGAGCAGGAGAAGCAUCGGUUGGUCGCGACAAAGGCCGAGAGUCUCACCCCCGACGAAAUGCAUGCCGUGAUCCAAGAGUAUGGCAUCCUCUCGCCCGGGCAUGGCGCGGCGCUGUCGGCGCCGAUGCCGUUCAACCUCAUGUUCCAGUGCCACAUUGGUCCCGAAGGCCACAACGUCGGGUACUUGCGUCCGGAAACCGCGCAAGGCAUUUUCCUCAACUUUCGCCGGUUGCUCGAGUACAACGCAGGGAAAAUUCCCUUUGGCUGUGCCCAGAUUGGGAACGCAUUCCGCAACGAAAUCGCGCCCCGCGGUGGCCUCGUCCGAGUGCGAGAGUUCCAGCAAGCGGAAAUCGAAUGGUUUGUCCAUCCUGACGAUAAAUCGCAUGCUAAAUUUGGCCAAGUGGCGGCGCAGCGCCUCACGUUAUUCCCUAAAUCGAAUCAAUUGACUACGGGCAAAACGGUGGUGUUGAGUGUGCGGGACGCAGUGGACCAAAAGCUGAUUGCCAACGAAUCGCUCGCGUACUACUUGGCGCGAACGGCGUCAUUUGUGUCACUCUUGGGCAUUGACAUGUCCCGCGUGCGGUUCCGCCAGCAUCUGGACACGGAAAUGGCACAUUAUGCGUGCGAUUGCUGGGAUUUGGAGAUCCAAUUGAGCUCUGGAUGGGUUGAAUGUGCUGGCCACGCUGACCGAUCGUGCUAUGACCUUCAAGUACACGCGGCAAAGUCCAAGGUAGAGAUGGUUGGGACACUGAAAUAUGACACUCCACGGGCCGUGGAUGUUGUCGAUAUUAAAGUGAACAAGGGCAAGAUUGGCAAAGCGUUCAAGGCGGAUAUGGGGCUAGUGAACAAGGGAUUGGAGGCAUUGCGUGUGGAUGACGUGGCAGCCCUGGCGUUCGAAGCCUCGUUGGCGGCGUCUGGCACGGCCGACUUGCAUGUGGAUGGCCAGUCGUUUCCUCUGGCGCGGGACAUGUGGAGUGCCAAGAGCGUCACCAAAACCUUCGCAGAGGAAAAGUUCGUUCCGAGUGUGAUCGAGCCAUCCUUCGGCGUCGGCCGCAUCCUCACGGCCGUGUUUGAACACACAUUUUACGCGCGCGAAGGUGAUGACAAGCGCGGCGUGAUGGCGUUCCCGGCAGUCAUCGCGCCCAUCAAGGUGGCCGUGUUGCCGUUGAGCAAUGCCAAGGAGUUUACGCCGAUUGUCCAGGAACUGGAACGUCAAUUGCGCACGGGUGGUAUCCAAGCCAAGAGCGACACGUCGGGCGUGGCGAUUGGUCGAAAAUACGCGCGCGCGGACGAACUCGGCAUCCCAUUGGGCGUGACAAUCGACUUUGAAACGCUGGUGGAUCAUGCCGUGACUGUCCGCGAGCGCGACUCGUGCGCGCAGAUCCGCGUGCCUGUGGCGGACGUGGUGGGGCACCUGCGGGCGGUGGUCGAAGGCCGGGCGACGUGGGAAACGCUCACGGCGACGUACCCCGUCUUGGACACGAAAAAGGAAUAAACACAUGGGUUUUAAAUUGAAUAGAAUUGUCGAUUCAAUCAACGGACGAAUCGUUGUUUAUACAUGGG